GGGAAGCUGGGGUCACUUCCUGCUCUGUCCCAGUCACCCUGAACUGGUCCCCGGGUUCUCAGCCUGGGAUCACCCCUUGAGAAAGACCCCAGAGUCCUCAGCAUCUAGCCCGCCCCCCGAGGCAGGGCAUUUAAGGGGUUAAGUCCCCUGGGGCUGGAUUCUGCCUUCCGGCUUUUCCCAGACCCCAGAGCCGGUCCCCGGAGCCCUCCACAGUCCUGAGCUCUGGGAUGGAGCCUGAGACGGCGCUGUGCGGCCCGGAUCUGCAGGGUCCUGAGCAGAGCCCCACCGAUGCUCACAAAGACUCCCUUUCUCUCUGUAGGUGCCGAGAGUGGGAACGAAGAGGAGAGCCCUCAGCAGGAAAGUUCUGGGGAGGAGAUCAUCUUGGGAGAUCCAGCUCAGAGUCCAGAACUCAAGGACCCACCAGAGAUGCCCCUGGAGGGGCCCUCCCUGAGUCCCUCCACCCCCCAGGACCACCCGGCCUCACUGGGUCACCCCAACCCCUUAGACCACCAGACCCCUCUGGAUCCCCCAGCCUCCGAGGUAGUCCCUGCCCCGUCUGACUGGACCAAGGCCUGUGAGGCCAGUUGGCAGUGGGGGGCCCUUACCACAUGGAACAGCCCCCCAGUGGUCCCGGCCAGUGAGCCCAGCCUGCGAGAGCUGGUACAAGGCCGCCCGUCCGGGGCUGAGAAGCCUUACAUCUGCAACGAAUGCGGCAAGAGCUUCAGCCAGUGGUCCAAGCUGCUGCGGCACCAGCGCAUCCACACCGGUGAGCGGCCCAACACCUGCUCUGAGUGCGGCAAGAGCUUCACCCAGAGCUCCCACCUGGUGCAGCACCAGCGCACGCACACAGGCGAGAAGCCCUACAAGUGCCCCGACUGCGGCAAGUGCUUCAGCUGGAGCUCCAACCUGGUGCAGCACCAGCGCACGCACACGGGCGAGAAGCCCUACAAGUGCACCGAGUGCGAGAAGGCCUUCACCCAGAGCACCAACCUCAUCAAACACCAGCGAUCCCACACGGGCGAGAAGCCGUACAAGUGCGGAGAGUGCCGGCGGGCUUUCUACCGCAGCUCGGACCUCAUUCAGCACCAGGCCACUCACACGGGCGAGAAGCCCUACAAGUGCCCCGAGUGCGGCAAGCGCUUCGGCCAGAACCACAAUCUCCUCAAGCACCAGAAGAUCCACGCCGGUGAGAAGCCGUAUCGCUGCACCGAGUGCGGCAAAAGCUUCAUCCAGAGCUCGGAGCUGACACAGCACCAGCGCACGCACACCGGUGAGAAGCCCUAUGAGUGCCUCGAAUGCGGCAAGAGCUUCGGCCAUAGCUCCACCCUCAUCAAGCACCAGCGGACUCACCUCCGCGAGGACCCCUUCAAGUGUCCCGUGUGUGGCAAGACCUUCACCCUGAGUGCCACGCUGCUGCGGCACCAGCGCACACACACAGGCGAGCGGCCGUACAAGUGCCCCGAGUGCGGCAAGAGCUUCAGCGUCAGCUCCAACCUCAUUAACCACCAGCGCAUCCACCGCGGCGAGCGGCCCUACAUCUGUGCGGACUGCGGCAAGAGCUUCAUCAUGAGCUCCACCCUCAUUCGCCACCAGCGCAUCCACACGGGCGAGAAGCCCUACAAAUGCUCUGACUGUGGCAAGAGCUUCAUCCGGAGUUCCCACCUCAUCCAGCACCGACGCACCCACACGGGCGAGAAGCCCUACAAGUGCCCCGAGUGCGGCAAGAGCUUCAGCCAGAGUUCAAACCUCAUCACCCACGUGCGCACCCACAUGGAUGAGAACCUCUUCGUGUGCUCCGACUGCGGGAAGGCCUUCCUGGAGGCACACGAGCUGGAGCAGCACCGGGUAAUCCAUGAGAGGGGGAAGACUCCAGCCCGAAGAGCUCAGGGUGACUCCCUCCUGGGGUUUGGGGACCCCGCCCUGCUGACCCCACCACCCGGAGCCAAACCCCACAAGUGUCUGGUCUGUGGAAAGGGCUUCAACGAUGAGGGCAUCUUCAUGCAGCAUCAGAGGAUCCAUAUUGGAGAGAACCCCUACAAGAAUUCAGAUGGCCUCAUCGCACACCCAGCCCCCAAACCACCUCAGUUCCGACCCCCGAGGCUCCCUUUUGGAGGGAAUUCCUAUCCAGGUGCUGCGGAGGGCAGAGCUGACUCCCCGGGACAGCCCUUUAAAAUGCCUGAUGGGCAGGAGAGCUUCAGCCAGAGGCUGGGGCUGCUCUCCUCCAAGUCCUACAUUUGCUCCCACUGUGGAGAGAGCUUCCUGGAUCGCUCUGUCCUCCUCCAACAUCAGCUCACCCACGGCAACGAAAAACCCUUUCUCUUUCCUGAUUACAGGAUUGGACUUGGGGAAGGGGCAGGGCCCAGUCCCUUCCUUAGUGGCAAGCCCUUUAAAUGCCCUGAAUGCAAAAAAAGCUUUGGCCUCAGCUCUGAGCUGCUGCAGCACCAGAAAGUCCAUGCAGGCGGGAAACCCCAAAAAAGUCCUGAGCUGGGGAGGAGCUCUUCUGUUCUCCUGGAGCACCUCAAGAGCCCCUUAGGGGCUAGACCCUACAGCUGCUCAGAUUGUGGGGCCUCCUUCCUCGAUCACCUGGCCCUCGUCAGGCACCAGGAGACCCACACCCAAGAAAAGUCCCCCAGACCAGAGGACCCACUUCGAGAGCCAGCCACCCUGUCCACAAGUCAGGAAGGUGAAGGGGAGGCCCCCACCCCCACAGAGAGUAGCAAUCAUGGGGAAGGGGAAAACCGCAAAACCCUCUUGGAAGAAAAACCCUAUUUGUGCCCCGAGUGUGGAGAUGGCUUCACAGAAGUUGCAGCCCUCCUCCUCCACAGGAGCUGCCACCCAGGCGUCUCCCUCUGAAAUGAGUCUGGAGACCAGGGGGCCUCUCGCUACUGAGAGGAACAACGGAUCCCCAAAAGAAUUAUGCAGAGAAAGGAAGAAAACCUGGUUAGACUGUAGAGAAAGUGAAGGAUAAAGAACCCUGGGUAAAAAUAAUGCUUUUACAUGAGUGAUGAAAAACCCUAUAAAAUUGUUGGGGGGGAACCACUUAUAAGGCAGUAUAGAAAAACUGUUGGGUUAGAAACCCUAUAAAUACGUAGGAAAAAAAGUCCUUUAAGUCUGUAGCAGAAAAACCCUAUAAACCAUAGCGGAUAAAAGCCCUAUUAACUGUAGGAAAAGGUCCCAAUAUGUCUCUAGACAGCCCUAUAAAACUGUAUCAAAAUCCUUGUGCAACUAUAGGGUCGAGGAAAAUGCAGGGAAUACAACAAUGGCAUUGGCUUGGGAGGAGCAACCCUCAGAAGGUGUAGGAAAACCUCCCAUAAAUUUGUUCCACAGUGUUCUGUCCCAGUGGAGUAGGGGAGGGAGCCUCUCUCCUGGCAGCCUUGGACAAUUACCCUGAGGAAAGCGCUUAGCUGGGGAGUAGCAUGGAAAUUGGGUGGAACUGGAAGAGGAAGAGAACAAAAACAGGAGAAAAAUAGCCAAGCCAAGUGAGCAGAAGAGGAGAAAUGACACAGGAACUAGUUAAAAGUCCAGCUAAUUGCACUGGGGCUCCUUGGGGUAAGAGGCCAAUCUUAGAUGAAUUGUGUGUGUUAGGGGAAAAGGCCCAUAGAAUUCCUUAUCAAAAAGAACCCAAACAUGAAGCGG